UUGCCUUCGAAGGUUGAAUGCAAUUCCGAUGGACAUUGCUCAAGCCACUGCCAGCUUGCUGCACCGCCGAGCGGCUGCGAACGCUGCUGCCACGGCUGCCAACCCCGCGACCCAUUCCACACCCGACUCAGAUAGUGCACUGCGUCCAAUGAGCACCAUUGGCAUCGACAAAGCCCGCGAGCACCAGGAUGCAGCCUCGUCUGCCGCGACCAAUUCCAAGCAGCCAGCGUCGUCAACCACUCCGUCGCCCGCGUCAUCCGCGCACAGUCUGGACUCGCCACUGGCUGAAAGUCGACGCGGAUCCAAGCAGAACAAGUUCUCACGGCAGACCAGUCUCGAGCGAGAACUUCUUCCGCAUUUGAGACCAACAGACUCGACCUCCAAGAAACCAAAGCGCGUGGAUGGGAGUGCCAGCACGGAUGCGCAAAAACCAGAGUCUCAAUCGGACUCGUCUUCGGAUGACGAGGUCGAGCAGGAUGGCUGGUUCAGCCUCGAUGCUCGUCUCCAUGGCGUGCCCUACAUGAAUCCGCCAGCCGUGAUCAGUGGAGCGCUAUAUGCUCCUCCAGAAAUGCAGAGAUUGAUCUUGCUCGGCAACGCAAUCUGCCUUGAUGUGCUCUUGUACUGCUUCACAGUGCUUCCCCUGCGAGUCGCAGCCUCGCUAUUCCGCCUCAUGCGGUAUCCCUCCCGGCGCUCUGCCACUCAAAUAUACGCCACGAUCCAGGGUGCCAUCGUCCUCUGUGCCGUGAUUGCGGUUGAUCAGUUGGACGUCUCAGAAACGGCCUACUACUUUAUGCGCAGCCAAAUGAACUGGGCCAAGCUGUACAGCUGCUUCCAGCUAUUCUCCGCGUUGGACAUCCUGGUGGAGCAGUGCGGGCGACGCAUCACUGGCUCGCUUGUGUGGUCUGUUCUCAAUCGGUCGCAGCGACUGCUGAUGGCUAUCGUGACAUUCAUUUACGUCUUUGCCCACGCAUCGAUCAUUCUCGUUCAGAUUGCAAGCGUGCAUGUUGCGCUCGAUCAGGGCUCCGAGCUGCUGUCUCUGAUGCUAUCCGUACAGCUGGUGGAGCUCAAAGCGGCAAUGGUGACAUCCAUGACCCGUGUUCAGCUCUUCAAAACGUGCUUGACCGACAUUGCCCAACAAUUCCGCUGGCUCAUCAUCCUGUUCACCAUCUAUGUCGACAAGCUGUCGCGCUAUACGCCUGAAAAGAUGAAAACCUCCAUGCCACUCUUCCUGCAGGGCGCAACAGUCGUGCUCGCGGGCACCAUGCUCAUCAAUUGCAUCAAACACGCCAUGUAUGCGCUCAACAACACAACUUGGGACAUCAAAACCCUCUAUCGCUCAUUUGGGACGUUGCUCCUGCAACCUUUUGAGGCAGGCAAGCUCAUCUCGGACAAAUCGAAACACCUUUCGCAGCACUUUGAUUUCGUCUCGCUGCCCUACACUGUCAUCGCCGUACGGCUGUUCACCAUCUGUGUGGGACGCUCCUCGAUGCCCCUCUUCGUCGGUCUGGGGUGUUUUGCCGCGCUCUGUGCCUUCAAGUUCACCAUCCGGUUUGCGCUCCGAUCACUAUCGCAAAGCAUUGCGCAACGACGCGCUCGCCAGCAAAACGCCCUCCGUCGCCUCUCGACAACCAUUUCACUAGUCAUGGGUCUCAACCAGGCCAUGAAGCACAAAAUGGACGCCGAUCGCGACCACGGUAUUCUCGAAGAAGAGACUGCCAGCAUGGUUGACGUGGAUGAAGAACCGGCGCACUUGGACUGAGUUGUUUUGUUUGAGGGGGAGGGGGGACACGUUAAUAAAGAAAACCUCGAAUAGAUGUAUUCUCAG